AGAGACAGCAUCUGUCAAGCCCACAUUUAAACUGCUGCCUGCCUGUGCAGCACAGAAGAACCGUGCAUUUCACAUUACAGACCAAAACCCCAGGAAAACUGCUCAAAAAAUCCUUCCUGCAGCUGCCAGGCAACCACGACGGAGAGAGGCAAAGCCUUUUUUUCCUCCCAAUACAACUGAAACACUAAACCCAGCUCUGCUGCUUUACAUUGCAGCUCAGCGCUAUUACUAGAAAUAUGGAUACUGAGGAGAGAAUACAGCACUGCAUUGUCCAGCCGGGAAUACAGCAGAUGUAAAGACUUCAAUGCAUCAACUGUCGGAAAGAAUCAACUGUGCACCAAAUACAACAGACAACUACAGCUCUUUUGUUUAAUGAAAGAGAAAAUGAAAGAAAGGAAAAAUCUCUGAAGACUGGAUACAGACAUAUGAACAAGAAGGGUAACUUGAAGACACCCUGACAGAUGGACACUUUGGAUACUGUGAAAAGCAAUCACAGGAGGCAGACUGUUGGGGGAUGUGCGCAUGUUCGAUAGCAUCGUUUCUGCUGAAGUGAUGGCGUGCCAAAAGUAUUUUCAGUAGACAUAAUCUUCUCCAUCUAAGUGGUCUGACCAAGAAAGAAAGAAUGACGUCGAGGGACAUGUAAUUGAACCAGAAAAUGAUGAGUCAAGAACAGUAUUGAUUCAGGAAGCAACAACAGUGUUUUUGGCCACAUACAUCUGCUACUAUUACUGGAUAUUUACAACAUGCUUCAGUGGAGGAGAAGACACUGCUGCUUUGCAAAAAUGACCUGGAAUGCUAAAAGGUCUCUGUUCCGGACUCACCUUAUGGGUGUACUUUCUCUAGUGUUUCUUUUUGCUAUGUUUUUGUUUUUCAAUCAUCAUGACUGGUUACCAGGUAGACCAGGAUUCAAAGAAAAUCCUGUGACAUACACUUUCCGAGGAUUUCGUUCUACAAAAACUGAGACAAAUCAAAGCUCCCUUCGGAACAUCUGGAAAGAAGUAGUUCCUCAGACUUUGCGGCCUCAGACAGCAACUAACUCCAACAACACAGAGCUAUCACCACAAGGAGUUACAGGACUAGAGAACACUCUCAGCGCCAACGGAAGCAUUUAUAAUGAAAAGGGUACUGGACAUCCAAACUCUUACCAUUUCAAAUAUAUCAUCAAUGAGCCUGAAAAAUGCCAAGAGAAAAGUCCAUUUUUAAUCCUACUAAUAGCUGCAGAGCCUGGACAAAUAGAAGCAAGAAGAGCUAUACGGCAAACUUGGGGCAACGAAACUUUAGCACCUGGCAUCCAAAUCACAAGGAUUUUCUUGUUGGGCAUAGGUAUUAAGCUAAAUGGCUAUCUUCAACAUGCAAUCCAAGAAGAAAGCACACAGUAUCAUGAUAUAAUUCAGCAGGAAUACUUAGAUACAUACUAUAAUCUGACCAUUAAAACACUAAUGGGUAUGAACUGGGUUGCAACAUACUGUCCACAUACUCCAUAUGUUAUGAAAACGGACAGUGAUAUGUUUGUCAACACAGAAUACUUAAUACACAAGUUACUAAAGCCAGACCUGCCUCCUAGACAUAACUAUUUUACUGGGUAUCUAAUGAGAGGAUAUGCACCUAACAGAAACAAAGACAGCAAGUGGUACAUGCCACCAGACCUGUACCCAAGUGAGCGUUACCCUGUCUUCUGCUCAGGAACUGGUUAUGUUUUUUCUGGGGAUCUGGCAGAAAAGAUAUUUAAGGUUUCUUUAGGUAUCCGUCGUUUGCACUUGGAAGAUGUAUAUGUAGGGAUCUGUCUUGCCAAGUUGAGAGUUGAUCCAGUGCCCCCUCCCAAUGAGUUCGUGUUCAAUCACUGGCGAGUUUCUUAUUCAAGCUGUAAAUACAGCCACCUAAUUACCUCUCAUCAGUUCCAGCCUAGUGAACUGAUAAAAUACUGGAAUCAUUUACAACAAAAUAAGCACAACGCCUGUGUCAACGCAGCAAAGGAAAAGGCAGGCAGGUAUCGGCACCGCAAACUACACUAGAAGACUAUUUUUGUUCAAAUGUGAUAUCUGUAAAUAUUGCUUAAAGCAUGUAUAGUUAAAAACUUGAUUACAUACAUAGGACAAGUUUUAGUUCAACUCAUCACAUAAAGGAAUUCAAAGCUAUUUUUUUAAUUUCUGAAUAAGCUAAUUCAUACAAUUACAAAUUAUGACAAAAAGGUAUCCCAACAGAGUCUAUUUAAAUAACUGUAUGAGGAGAUUCUCUCUAUCAACAUGCAAUAAGAAGCAUGCAUACAUAAAUGGUUCAAGUCUUACACUAGGGACCAAUACAAUGUAUCUGCAUACAUUUUCUAUAUAAAUCUUAAGUUCAGAAAUGAAGACAGUAAAAGAUUCCUAGACUUACUUUUGAUUUCACCAUAUAACUAAAUGUAAAUAAGACAGUACUAUUGAUUUUAAGGGAACUUUGUAAUUGUGCAAAGAAUAAAUUUUCUGACCUGACGCUAGAGUUCUAAAACUUUAUACUACACGCAAUAAGAUUUAGUUACAUUAUUCCAUAAACUCAUUUAUAGCAUUCAGAUGUUUGAACAAUGCAAUUCUCAUUCAAAAUAUACUUUUAAAAAUAAUUUAUAAUUAUUUUAAUUUCUUUUAUUAAUACUCAUUGACACUGGGAAAAUUAUUUUGACAUGAUGUGAUAAAUGUGAAAAAUUAAUGUGUCUCAGGCUCAAGUUUUUAUAAAAUGAUUUAUUAAAGGUAUCAAAAUAGA